GUUUUGAGGAUGUAAUGCAGAUUCGUGGUACUCAAUUAGUUUGUAAUGAAAAGGAUCAUACUCCAUUUGCUUUUAUGGAAAAGAAUGGACAAAUAUAUAGACGAGUAGAUUGUACACUAGUGGUAAAAGAAAAUUUUAUAUGUGAAAAUUGUUUUAAGUUAAAAAAAACUUUACAACAAAUUCAGCAGAGAAUUUUAACUGGAGUAAAUUCAACAAAAACAAUACAUGCAUCUAAAGAAAUACUUAUAGAAAAAGUUAAUCAGCAAAGAUUAAUAAUAAAAGAACAAAAAAAAAUAAUUAUCAAUCUAAAAGAACGUCUUAAUCAAAAAAUUAAAAAUGAAGAAGAAGAGGUUUCUAUUGAAAUGGUAAAUAUUGCUCAAGUUGUUUCUAAAAAAGUAAAUAGUAAAAAAAUAGAGAUUUCAAAUUUGCACCCUAUAUUUCAAGAACUUAUUCGUAUUCAAAUUGGAAAAUCAAAAGGAACUAGAUAUCAUCCUAUGUUUUUAAGAUGGGCGAUAUCAGUUUAUAGCAGAUCUGGUUUCACAGCUUAUAAUGCUAUGAAAAUGAUAAUGCGAUUAUUAUGGAACCAGCGUAAAAAUUGUUAUGUUGGUUAUUUAGACUUUGAAAAUGAGAUAGACGAAUAUCAAAAAUUUGCAUUGCAGUGUAAAUACAAAAUAGAAUCAAUAACAAUGGAAAAUAAUUCCAAACCUGAUUGCGUAUUACCUAAUAAACAAAAACACAACCUUGCAACACAAGUGCAUCAAUUCAUUUGGUACUCGAUAACACAUAAUUUUUCAUUUCCUAUAUCUUACUAUGGAAUUAAUAAUAUAACAGUGCAUAAUUUAAAUACUUUGAUUUUUGAACUAGCAGCAAAAUUAGAAUGUAUAGGGAUACAUACAUUGGGUUCAUUGUGUGAUGGAGCAGGAGAAAAUAGAUCCCAUAUAAAAAGUUUUGAUUGGUAUGCAUCAAAAUGGACUCUUGGAGAUAUUGUGGAGGUUAAUUUCAAUAAAGAUAAGAAAUCUUUUCAUAUAGCAAAAAUUUUAAGUAGCAAUUUUGAGAAAACAAAAUUUAUUGUAAUUCCACUUGACAAUAAUAAUUCUGAACCAAUUAAUAUUGAAAGAAUAUUUAUUCGAAAGAUUAUCAAUCAAGAUUUAAUAGAAUUAGUUAUAGAAAUUCCUGAGCUUAUGCAACAAUGGAAAAUUAUAAUUCAACAUUGCAAUGGUUUUCUUCGACCAUUAUACAAUACUCAAGAACUUUUAACAAAUCACAAAACAAUAAAUCCUAUAACUGGCGAGAAUUGGUUUUUUAUUAGUGACUCAACACAUGUAUUUAAAAAACUUAGAAACAAUUUGGCAAAAAGUCACACUGGUGAAAAAAAUACUCGAGAAAUAAUGUUUAAUGGAAAAGAAAUUAGUUGGAGACAUAUUAAAGGUGUAUAUGAACAUACAAUACAGCAUAUGACAGCAAAAGCAACAAAACUUAUCAAACGACAUAUAUGGCUUAUAUCAUGGAGUAAAAUGCGAGUUGAACUUGCGGAACAUACUUUAUCAAAAGAAGUAGAAGAUGCAUUAGAAUCUAUUGAUGAAUUAAAAGAAAUUUCCGAAGGAACAAAAUCAUUAGAUGAUGAACGUCUUCAUACCUUAAAAGAAAUUCGUAAUUGGUUUAUAUAUGGUGAUAAACAAAAAUCAGGACCAAAGGCAUGGAUCUCAUCACAGUGCCAAUUUGACUUAAUUUUGUCUAUUGAUGGUUUUAUUGGAAUGCUAGAUUUUUUAUUAAAAAAAUAUCCUGGAUCUAUGAUUCAAUCUAAACGCAUUUCUCAAGAUAUACUCGAAGGACUUUUUGGUACAAUCCGCGAACUUGGUGGAGAUUCUUCUACACACACGCUUAAGUCUUAUGGAUAUUCUUUAAACAAAUACCAAUUAUCAUCAUUAUUUUCUAGAGAGGUGAAAAGUAUUAAUUAUGGAAGUGCUAAUUGCAUUGGGACUGGAAUUACCACUUUAGCAAGAAGAAAAUUUUUAGAUAAAGAAAAUAAUUGUUUUUAUCAAGAACAUCAUAUCAGAUUGGCACAAUUAUUGCCUUUCUCUCGUACUAUCUUUGAAGACCUUCUAUCAGAAAAUCUAAUUAUGGGAAGAAUUGAUAUUCCAUUAAACUUAUAUAAUGAAAAUGUUAAUUCUGAAAACUUUAAAGUUUUGCAACUUCAAAAAGAAAGGUAUGAUCUUAUAGAAACUAUUCUUUAUCAGGAUUCCAUCAAUGAAUUAUUGGAAAAGUGGAAAGAUAUAAUUAAAAAAAUGGCUUGUGAGGCAAUUCCAAAAAGAAUAGGAGUUCAAUGGUUAACAAAAUGGAGCUCUCACCUGGAAAUUUGUAUAAACAAUUAUCAGUGUUCUGGAAUUUGGUACAAGGAUUUUCUUGCAACAACUAAUUUAAAUGGUUCUUCAACCCAAAGACUUGUUGCAUAUUUGCUUUUAUAA